AUGGCUUUGAAGGAGGCGGGCGGCAGCAUCCUGCCCAUCAGCGACAUGGUGUCGGGGCCGUCGGGCUCGCCGUUCCCCGAGGUGGUGGAGCUGAACGUGGGGGGCCAGGUGUACGUGACGAGGCACUCCACGUUGCUCAGCGUCCCGGACAGCACGCUGGCCACCAUGUUCUCCCCGUGCCGGGGCGGCCCGGCGGCGGCCCGCCAGCUGCCCAGGGACAGCCGGGCGCGCUUCUUCAUCGACCGCGACGGCUUCCUCUUCAGGUACGUGCUGGAUUACCUGCGGGACAAGCAACUGGCGCUGCCCGAGCACUUCCCCGAGAAGGAGCGGCUCCUGCGGGAGGCAGAGUACUUCCAGCUGGGCGACCUGGUGAAGCUGCUGUCGCCCAAGGUCACCAAGCAGAGCUCGCUCAACGACGAGGGCUGCCAGAGCGACCUGGAGGACAGCAACUCGCAGGGCAGCAGCGACCGGCUGCAGCGGGCGGCGCUGGACAAGCGCUCGGGCUUCCUCACCGUGGGCUACCGCGGCUCCUACACCACGGUGCGGGACAACCAGGCGGACGCCAAGUUCCGCCGCGUCGCCCGCAUCAUGGUGUGCGGCAGGAUCGCCCUGGCCAAGGAGGUCUUUGGGGAGACCCUCAACGAGAGCCGCGACCCCGACCGGCCCCCCGAGAAAUACACCUCCCGCUUCUACCUCAAAUUCACCUACCUGGAGCAAGCGUUCGACCGGCUCUCCGAGGCGGGUUUCCACAUGGUGGCUUGCAACUCCACCGGCACCGCCGCUUUCAUCAACCAGUACAGGGAUGACAAGAUCUGGAGCAGCUACACCGAGUACAUCUUCUUUAGACCUCCACAGAGAACAGUUUCCCCCAAACAAGACCACGAGGAAAGGAAGCAUGAUAAAGUCUUGGACAAGGGCAGUGAAAGUGGGACUUCCUGUAAUGAGUUGUCCACAUCGAGCUGUGACAGCCACUCAGAAGCAAGUACACCUCAAGAAAAUGCCACCAGUACUCAGCCAUCCACAGCUCACCAGCCAAAUACUCUGACUUUGGAUCGUCCAUCUAAGAAGGCCCCAGUGCAGUGGAUGCCACCACCAGACAAACGCCGGAACAGUGAACUCUUUCAAACUCUCAUUAGCAAGUCCAGAGAAACAAAUCUUUCUAAAAAGAAGGUAUGUGAGAAGCUGAGUGUUGAGGAAGAAAUGAGAAAAUGUAUCCAAGAUUUUAAAAAAAUACACAUUCCAGAUUACUUUCCAGAGCGCAAACGUCCCUGGCAAUCUGAACUCUUACAGAAAUAUGGGUUAUAGUAAUCAAUUCUUUUGCAAUGCAUCUCUGAGGCAUUUGAUGUUAGUAUUAAGUUGCCACUAACU